AUGCGCGCCGCAGCUCCCGAGAGCAAGAGCAGUUGGUAUCUCAUCUUGCUCACCAUCUCUCUUGGCGGAUUGCAACUCGCUUGGGCGGUCGAGCUAUCCAGCGGAAGUCCGUAUCUUCUCAGUCUAGGUCUAUCAAAGUCUCUGCUUGCCCUGGUCUGGAUCGCAGGUCCGCUCUCUGGUGUCCUUGUACAGCCAUAUGUUGGAAUUCGUUCGGAUCAAUGUCGCUCUCGAUUUGGCAGACGGCGCCCUUUCAUCUUCGGUGGUGCUGUCGCCACCGUGACCUCGUUGAUGUUCCUUGCUUGGACUCGUGAAUUUAUUGGCGCACUACUCUCAGCAUUUGGCGCUUCCCGCGAGGGUGAAGCAGUCAAGACAACCUCCAUCGUAUUUGCAGUCAUCAUGGUAUAUGUCCUAGACUUCAGCGUCAAUGUCAUUCAGGCCGGUAUCCGAGCAUUCAUCGUCGAUAACGCGCCUUUGCACCAGCAGGAUACCGCAAAUGCCUGGGCCAACCGCAUGUCCAACGUCGGUAACAUCAUUCUCUACAUUUUCGGAUAUAUCGAUUUACCCCGGCAUCUCUGGUUCUUCGGCAAUACGCAAUUCAAGGUCCUUUGCGUCAUUGCAUCUGUCGGCCUCAUGAUCACGGUCCUUGUCUCAUGUCUCUCCAUCAAGGAAAAGACAUACGGAAAACCUGCAGGCUCCACGCCAGCAAAGGGCGGUCUGAUCACAUUCUUCAAGACACUGUUCCAUUCGGUUCGUUAUCUCCCACGUCAGAUCAAACGUGUCUGUCAGGUGCAGCUCGCAGCUUGGGUGGGGUGGUUUCCAUUCUUGUUCUAUGGAUCCACUUACAUUGGUGAAAUCUACGUCGAUCCUAUUUUCCGCGAGAAUCCAAACAUGGCACCUGAGGAGGUCGACGCAGUCUGGGAGCAGGGCACAAGAAUAGGGACUUUCGCGCUGCUUAUCUUUGCCGUUACGUCCCUGGUCGCCAGUAUUGUCAUCCCUUGGUUUAUUGUCAAUCCGUAUAAGCCGCGUGACAAGACUGCCGCGACCACACCUUUGACACCAGCGGGCGCCUUCCCUAUUGCCUCGACUGAGCCUCUCACGGACUCACAUGGGGACUACUUCAGCGACCGGGACACCCGCCCUACUUCUGAUCCCAGGUCAAGAUACAUCACAUUCUUCCGGCGUUACACAUCACAUCCAUUCUCGUCAAAGUCCGACAUCGACCUCACUAUUCCGGGACUCACGCUCCGUCGAGCAUGGCUCUAUUCCCACGUCAUGUUCGCCCUCCUCAUGCUGUUAACAUUCGCAGCAAAAAGCACAACCGCCGCCACGGUCCUCGUCGCCUUCAUCGGAAUCCCCUGGUCCAUCACAAUGUGGGCACCCUUCGCCCUCAUCGCCGCCGAAGUCCGCAAACGCGACCAGCUCCGGCAAAGCUCCCGAUCCGUACCGCGAGAAAUCGCUCCAGAUGAAAUCAAUGGGGCAGCGGACCCUCAGUCCGGCGAGGUCACUGAGACAGGUUUGAUCUUGGGGAUUCACAAUGUGGCUAUCUCCGCUCCACAGGUCGUGGCUACUUUGAUCAGUGCGGGCAUCUUUCAGGCGCUGCAGAAACCGCGUGGUCAGGCGGGCGAUGGGAGUGUUGCGUGGGUGCUCCGAUUUGGAGGCGUGUUGGCGCUGGUCGCGGCGGGUCUUACUUUUAGAGUGGCGGAUGAGACAACUGUGGAGGAAACUGGGGAUCAGGUCUGA